AAAACACUGGAGCUCCGAGUGGCAGCAUAUAAAAGCUGUGAAAGUCCCCCUGCUGAGACAGAAACCAAUAUAUCCAACACUGAACACACAAGACUCAACACUCAACAUUGACUGAAGAUGCUGUGUUCCCGAGGAUUCCAGUCUUCCCUCAGCCCAUUGAUGGACUUCUACUGGCCUGUGCGCAGUCUAUGGCCAGAGGUCCGACCUCUUCUCAGCCAGCGGGAUCUACUGCAGAGAAACCUGCUGGAAAUCAAGAGCAGUCUGGAGCUGAUGGAGAAACUCCAGCAGCACAUCUUUGAAGAGUUGGACAAUGUCCCAUCCUCUGUGGCCAUCCAACCAGUCUCCUACAAGCUGGAUACGGAGGGAGACGGCUUUGCCCUUACACUGGACACUAAAGACUUUUCACCAGAGGAGCUGUCUGUCAAGCAGGUGGGCAGGAAGCUGAAGGUCAGUGGGAAGACAGAGAAGAAGCUGGAUGGUGGGGAAGGCUCAUACUCUUACAGAUGUCAAGAGUUCAGACAAGAGUUUGAUCUGCCUGAACGGGUGAAUCCUGAGACAGUCACCUGCUCCCUGGCUCAUGACGGGAAGCUCCACAUCCAGGCACAAAAGAAUCCAUUAUCUGCUGAGGAGAAGGUGGCAGAGAGAGUGGUGCCCAUCAACUGUAGCCUGGAUGUGAAAACCCCACAAUUCCUGUCAAAGACAGAGGGAAGCACCUCCGACACACAGAAGAAUCAAGAGAACACCAUUUCACAUGAGGACUGAUUUUUAUUUCACUGGAUGACACAUUUUCUAAUAAAUAUUUUUCAUGUUAUGAUACAGUAUGCAUUUAUAUUUCAUAUCUUGUAACAAUCAAUAUGAUAUGCUAUUUAAUUGAAUCAUUAAAAUAUAAACUCUUACAGAAUAUUGCAGUUGUUAUAUUCUCUUCAAUGGAUAUCAACAUAAUGACCAUUAUUUCUCAUCAAAAGUUAACUUUUCACAUCGAUGUUCCAAAUAAUCCCUUUUCUUCUGAGGAGGAGGUAGCUGGGAGAGUGGUGCCCAUCGUCUGUUGCCUCAAUGUGAAGAUGCCACAAUCCCUCAGCUCACAGACAGAGGUCAGCACCACAGUGGACAGAACCACAGACACACACAAAUAUCAAUUGUCUAUGGACAAAAUACCUGUUGCCUAAAGCCUGGCCUAAAGUAUUAUUCAUAAAACAUCUUGUUUUGCUAAUUCAUUCUCUAAAUGUCAUUAUAUGUUUUGAUUAGAUUGUCUCUGAAAUAAUGUCUUUAUGUCGUUUUGUUGCCCAAUAAAAUGUUCAGUCCACUUCUAAUAGAGUUGUUCAAUUCACUGGUUGAAAUGAAAGAUACUAUUACAGUAUGCUAGCUAGAGGAACAUAUAUUUAACAUUUAGGCUGGAUCCAAGCCCAUAUUUUUGUUUAUGUGUAACAAAAUCAUUAUUGACAUAAUCAGGAAAAACCUGUAAGUUCAUUAAAAUCUCACCAGACCUUUCAUUUCAGUUUCAUGGCCAUGUC